CGCAGUCGUGGCUGAGAUAGGGGGAGGGGGGGGAGAGAGAAGAGAGGCGUGCAACGGGACUAAAAUGAAAAAAUACAACGAAAAUUAAAAUUGAUAAACCAUUUCUUCUAUUACAUUUUGCCAAAAUGCUCCGGGCGCAUUCCUUCCUCAGAAAGCUGGCCUGGGGCGGCAGAGAUGGCCUGGCUGACUCGAAGGCCGUGGCAGGGAGAGAGGGGGACUGGAGGGGAGGAAGCGGCAGCUCUCACCAGGCCUUGCCCCAGCGAUCGCUUGGCCUCGUGUAGGCUCAGAGGCCUGGCAGGUGGUGAACUCUUGAGGGGCGGGGAGGGAAAGAGAAAAAGGAGGAGGAAGGGGGGAGGAGAAAGGCCCAGAAACUGGGGAGCCAGAGACAAAAUGGGUGCCCUUGGAGCGAGUGAGCCCGAGCCUCCGGACGACUAAAGGACUAGUCCAAAGGGAAAGGCUUUGGCUUUUUCUCUAUCCCCAGCUGCUUUCCUGCGGAUUGACUCUGGUUAUGGAUGGAGAAAAUCCCUGAGAGAUGUGGGGGAACUGUUGGUGCAAUUCUAACAUGUCCACUAGAAGUUGUAAAAACACGACUACAGUCCUCCUCUGUGACACUUUACAUAUCUGAAGUACAGCUGAACACCAUGACUGGUGCUAGUGUCAACCGGGUUGCUAGAAUCUCUCCUGGACCUCUCCACUGCCUGAAGAUGAUCUUGGAAAAAGAGGGUUCUCGUUCUUUGUUCAGAGGAUUAGGCCCCAAUUUAGUAGGAGUGGCCCCUUCCAGAGCAAUAUACUUUGCAGCUUAUUCAAAUUGCAAGGAAAAAAUGAACAAUAUAUUUGAUCCUGAUUCUACCCAGGUUCACAUGAUCUCAGCUGCAAUGGCAGGUUUUACUGCAAUUACGAUGACCAACCCCAUUUGGCUCAUAAAAACUCGGUUACAACUUGAUGCAAGAAACCGUGGUGAAAAGCGAAUGAGUGCUUUUGAAUGUGUCCGUAAAGUAUAUCAGACAGAUGGACUUAAAGGAUUUUAUAGAGGCAUGUCUGCUUCAUAUGCUGGUAUAUCUGAGACUGUUAUUCAUUUUGUUAUUUAUGAAAGUAUUAAGCAAAAGCUACUGGAACAUAAGACUGCUUCAAAUAUGGAAGACGAGGAGGACUCAACAAAAGAACCAUCAGAUUUUUUGGGAAUGAUGUUGGCUGCUGCCACCUCUAAAACUUGUGCCACAUCUAUAGCAUAUCCACAUGAGGUUGUAAGAACAAGGCUACGUGAAGAGGGAACAAAAUAUAGAUCUUUCUUCCAGACACUAUCUUUGGUUGUUCGAGAAGAAGGAUAUGGGUCUCUCUACCGUGGUUUAACAACACAUCUGGUCAGACAGAUUCCAAACACAGCUAUAAUGAUGGCCACCUAUGAACUGGUAGUCUACUUACUCAAUGGAUAGCAGGAUUUUGCUGCAGUCCUAAGAAAGGGGAAGACCAAAAGAUUGCAGUGGACCAUAGAAUGUCAAAGCCAGCAUGGUGGACAGAAGAAAAAUCAUUCGGGAACAUAUAGCUAUGCCCUAAAAGGAUGAUUUGGGGUCCUGUUACCUUAUUUGGCCUUUUGGGCAGUGUAACAAAACCUGGGCCAGCUCAUAAGGGAAUGCAUUUAAAUAUUCCAUUUUUCAAAAUUGCCAUUUUCUCUAACGUGUGCCCAACAGUUAAAUUCUGAUUCCUGGUAAGGUGGGAGUGUGUGAUGUUUUUACUCCAUGAGUACUUUUCCAAGCAAUGCCUCCAGUAAACAUAAAUUGUACUGUUAGUCUUAUCAAAAGAUAGAGUUGGAUAAAACAUGGAUUUCUACUUGUUUGUAUUCAACUCUGUAUUGUUUUGAGUUAAAUUUUAAAAAUUAAGCUUCUGAGUACCAUUUCCAUGUUAUCUUUGACAAGAUCAUCAGAUCUUGUGACCUAAAAUGAACUAUUUCUGAAGUAGUUAUCUUUAUGGUAACUGGUAAAAUGUCUGAAAAGGAUAUAUAGAAUCCUUUAGUAUUGAAUUUUUUAUUUCCAGUUGUGCCAGCUCUUGAUUUUGAGCAAAAUGAACUUUUUAAAUACCUCUUUAGUAAAUACACUUCAGGCAGUAGGUAUAUUUUCUUGCAGCAGAUUAUGGACCCACCUAGGUUGAUUUUUUUUUUUUAAUGAACCACAGAAAAAAAUGAUUCUUGAAUAUUUUAGUGACUAUAUUAUGUCCUGAAAUCGUCCCUACAUUAUAAUAUACAAAGACAAGAAUUACAAUUCAUUCCAAAAUAAUUUGCUAGACCUAGGUGUCAUUUAAUUCAAGGGGAAAUUUUACCACUUCUGAAUUUUGUUUUUGUUUUUAUACUUAUAUCUCUAUAUACAUUAAGAACUUGAAGCUUUAAUUGAUUUCUAGUAAAAUACCGUCAUCAUCCAAUUAAUGGAGAAAAUGGUAAUUAAGAAUGUUUUAAAGCAUUUCCCAUACAUAUUACAUCCCUCCUUUAAAGAACAACAUUGCAUUAAACUAUAACAACACAGACAUUAAUAAGGGCCCUUAACCAUCUGACUUGCAGGUAGUACUUUUAUUUACUUAGUUUUGAAAAUGAUAUUUACAAAUUGCAUUUGACAAGAGAAAUUCAUUCUAUAAUAAAUUUACUAAGAGACAAAUCAUAAGAUAUUAAGGUUAAAUGUGCUAACAAUAUGUAGCUUUUAACAUUACUAUUAGACUUCUCAAUUGCACCUUCUAACACUUAAUUACGGUUAUGUCUAUGUGGCCCUUAACAAAGAUGUUUACUGUCAUUUUGUCAGUAGACUUCUCCAUGUGGAUGUUCCUACACUGGUUUACAGAAGAGUGCAAUUAAUCUCCAGUGUGACAUUUCAAUAUACAUAGGACUAUAAAUUUUGUGCAAUGGCUUUAUCAAGAACGAUUCCUUAUGCACUUUGUGGCCUUUUUUGUGGGCUGAAAGGGAAGAGGGAGGCUUGCUAUUUUUUUUCCAUGUUAAGAUUUUAAAAUAUUGGUCAUGUAUGUUAAAAUAUUGGUCAUGUAUGGUCAGAUGUUCAAAGAGUAAUUUAAAUUGUUCACAAAGUAUUUUUUCCAAACUCCCAUAUACUACAGAAGAAACAAUGUCCCAUCUAUUUACUCACGGAAUGUAUUUUAUAUAUGUGUGUUAUAUGUUGUUUUUCAUGUAAAAGCUUCUAGUAUGCUCUUUAUUGGUAAUGUCCUCCCCACUGAGCAACUUCAGUGAGCCCAUUGCAAGGUUAAACAUAGAAAUGUUUUAUAGCAGUUUUCCUCUGCUGUCAAUAGUUGAAGUAGAAUGAUCCCCUAGUUUUCCUCUGCUGUCAAUAGUGAAAUAGUGAUCUCCUAGUUUUCCUUUAAGAACUGGAUGUUUUUGAGGUGCUUUGAUUGGAAAUAGAGUAUUCCAGUCUAUUUGGAAACCAAAAGUAAAUAAAUGUAAUAACAACUAUAUACACUUUGAACGAAUUUUUACUUUGAUAUAUUUAUUGAAAAACAAACUGAAAAAGAGGGUUUUCUAACUCAGAUUCAUAGAAGAAGUCUACAUCAUGAAUGUAUUCUAAUUUCUAGCCUUUCUGGUGCCACAUAUGCUACCUAAUUACAGUGCCAUAUGUCUCAAGAGGGACGCACAAAUUUGAGUUGAAUUGAAUGUGGAACAGAGGCUCCACUGGUCAUAAUGGGAUUCACCAAAUUCCUAGUUGAUAGAAACAACAAAACUAAUAGCUAAGCAAAACUUAAUUUACUACAAAUUAAGAGAUGAGAACUGUUUAAGGGUUAAAAACAGGUAUUCUAAUCCUGUACAAAUUAAAUUUGCCUUUAAUGCAUGCAUACAUUUAAAUCUUAGUGAUAUGUAUAUAACAACAACAACAAAAAAAGAUAGUGUAACCUCUUGCCAUGGUUUUUACUACUAAGAGAACAAUGAAUUCUAAUUCUAAUUGACAGUCCUGAUUGUCAUAUUUUUCAAAGCACAAUCUCCAAACGGUCAGUUUUUGUGGAGAUCUAGUAGGUUAAAUUAUGUAUGAAAUAUAUAUACAAACAUUUUGUUUACCAAAGGCUUGUUAAAAGUUUCCACCUUUUUUGGUUUUUAUUUUAAAUGCUGAAACAAUUUGUCAUGCUAUCAGUGUUUGAAUUAACUUUUUUUUCUCCCCCAUCUUUACCAUGUCUCUCAUUUAGUCAUCUGUUUGCCAUUAGAUCAUAAAUGAACAUAUGAUUUCUGGGAUACAGAUAGCUAAUUAGCAUUCUUCAGAAUGGUACGAAUUUAUAUGUAAUCCUCAUGGAAAUAUUGAGUAUAUGUGAUUAUAGGUAAAACAUAAAUCCUGGAAUAACAUUCUGUAGUACUCCAAUAGAACAGUAGAUGGGACUCUUGUAAAUGCUGGGUCAUAGAAACAGAUGGCUAUGUUUUAUUAUCCAAAUUUGAGCUUUAUUAAUGAUCAUGGUAUAUAUAAAUCCAUGAAAGAAACCAGUACCACCAAAGCCUUUUUCUUCUCAUUAUGUAUAAGAUUUUGUGGAACAAAUAUUACAAAGAGUAGCACCUCAAAAAAUUUAUCACUUGAAAACCAUGAUAAAAUAUCUGUGGAUUAUGUAAUAAAUAGCAUUAUCUCUUUUUAAUCCUAAUGUAAGAUAUGAAGCAGCAUUACUAUGUUAGGAACAGCAGAAUUUGGGUGUUUAAUCUACUUUUAACUGAAGCAUAAGUAUUUCUUUUAAAGUUUUUGGAAUGGCCUUAAACUACUAAAAAUAUGUGUAUAUUGUGUGAUUAAUAACUUUUUUAAGUUAAUCCAGCCAAGCUACUCUUUCAUCUUUUGGCAUUGUUAGUUGUUUACAUGACCUUCUCCCCAUUCUGUUAGGACUAUAGAGACACCUUUUGUGAUAGCACACUUCAUCCCCUUCCUAUUCCAGCGUUGAUCAUGAAUUUUAACAUUCCUGAGACAUUACUUCCAAAUAAUUUAAAUUGGAAAAAGACUUUUCGAUUAAAGCUCUUUUAAAAAUGAGCCCCAAAAUACCCGGGGAUAAAUGUAUUCUUUUCUUUCUGCCCAGCUUCUUGCCUUCUAUAUAUUAUCUCUGUGUUCAUUUUUAUACUAAUCCUUUCAGGAACUGAAAAUUCUAAUAUCACUUGGGAGUUUGUUUAGUGUUUUGUUUUUUGUUUUUUAGUCUGUACCCCUCUAUAUGUGAAUUUUAAAAUUAUGACCUAUCAGUCAUACCUAAAUAGUUGACUCCGUGGAAGUUAAAGUACUUUGACAUUCUUCUGAGGUUUGUUAUUGCAUCUAUGUAAGUGGCUGUAAAUUGUGUGCAUAUAUCCUAUAUUUAUGUUAUCUAGUUGACUUUUGUUUGGACUGUUAAAAUUCAAAAAUUAAAAUGCUUAUGCAAA